AUGGCCGCCAGGAAGGGUCGCGCUCUUUCCUCCCUGGAGGUGACGCUCGCCGUCCUCUUUGUCGCAAUGACGACCGUCAGCAUUGUUCUCAUCGCCACGCGCGCCACGGACACCUGUCCCGGCCCGCCCCCCGGCCGGGCUCCACCCUUCCUCGUCGGCGUGGGCCGCGCUGACUGCACCGGACCGCCGGCCGAACUCCCUCUGAUGGGCUACGCUAACCCUCAGCAGACGGCGGCGGGCAUUCACACGCGAUUGUUCAGCCGCGCCUUCAUCGUCGACGACGGCCGCCGUCGAGUCGUCUUCGUCUCCGUGGACGUGGGAAUGAUCUCUCAGAGGCUCAGGCUAGAGGUCCUGAACGCCCUUCGGGCCAAAUACGGCGACCUGUACCGGCGGGACAACGUGGCCCUGAGCGGGACGCACACGCAUUCCGGCCCGGGCGGCUAUUUCCAGUACACUCUCUUCAUGAUCAGCAGCAAAGGUUACCUGGAGUCGUCCAUCCGCCCGCUGGUCAAAGGCAUCGUCAAAAGUAUAGACGUGGCCCACGGCAGCCUGCGGCCGGGACGGAUCUACAAGAACCGAGGCCGCCUGGGCGCCAGCGGCGUCAACAGGAGCCCUCACUCGUAUCGCAACAACCCGCGCCAAGAGCGGGACAGGUACGACCGGGACGUGGACCAGGAUAUGUUGCUCCUCAAGUUCACCGACGCGGACGGAGACGGAAUCGGCGCGCUGAGCUGGUUCGCGGUGCACGCGGUCAGCAUGAAGACCAGCAAUCGUCUGGUGAGCGCCGACAACAUGGGCUACGCCGCCUACCUGAUGGAGAACCACAAGGACCCCUCCGCGCUGCCCGGACAGGCAGCUUUCGUGGCCGCUUUCUCCUCCAGCAACUUGGGCGACGUGAGCCCCAACGUCCGAGGACCCCGCUGCGUCAACUCCGGAUUAGCCUGCGACUACUUGAACAGCUCGUGUCCCGAAGGAGGGACCAAGGAGUGUCAAGCCUUCGGGCCCGGCGAAGACAUGUUUGACAGCACCAGAAUCAUCGGCCUCAACAUCUUCAGGAAGGCCAGGGAACUUUACGCCGACGCGACGGAGGAAGUGACGGGCUCGGUUCAGUCGGCUCAUCAGUGGGUGGACAUGACGGACGUCGUCGUUCGCCUGGACGACGCGCGCGAGGUCGCGACCUGCAAACCGGCGCUGGGCCACAGUUUUGCGGCGGGAACCACGGACGGCGGAGGAGACCUCAACUUCACGCAAGGCGCCGUGGAGGGCGACCCGUUUUGGGACGGCAUCCGAGACGCACUCCUGGGCCCGCCUUCUAACCAGACGCGGGAAUGUCACCGGCCCAAACCCAUCCUGUUCAGCACCGGAGAGAUGAAAUGGCCGCUGCCGUGGCACCCGGAAAUUAUCGACGUUCAGAUCCUGACGCUCGGCUCGGUCGCGGUGGUCGCGGUUCCCGGAGAGAUCACCACCAUGGCGGGCAGGAGGUUAAGAGAAGCCGUUCGGCGGGAGCUCGGGUCGGAGGGCGCCUUCUCGGACGCGGACGUGACCAUCGCGGGCCUCAGCAACGUCUACACUCACUACAUCACCACCUACGAGGAGUACCAGGUUCAGAGGUACGAGGGCGCGUCCACCAUCUACGGUCCUCACACGCUGGGCGCGUACGUGCAGAAAUUCGCCGGCUUGGCGCGCGCCAUCGCUCAGGACCGAGUCGGGUCGCUCCCGCCGGGUCCGGAGCCCCCGUUUUUCCAGAAGAACCUUUUCGACCUCCUGGGCGCGGCCAAAGCCGACAGAAAACCCGACAACGGCACUUUCGGAGAGGUCCUGCGGCAGGUGCUUCCCGUCUACAGACAGGGCGACGUGGCGUCCGUCACCUUUGUGGCAGGAAACCCCAGACACUCGGGAGAUGUGAGAGAUCGGAGCUUCGUGGCCGUGGAGAUGCGCGAUGACGCGAGUGACGCCUGGACGCUAGUGCACACGGACGCGUCGUGGGAGACGAGGUUCCUCUGGCUGAAAGACCGCAAUCGACGUAGCAACGCCACCGUGGAGUGGCACAUCCCGAUCGACGCCGCCGUAGGCGCCUACAGGAUCAGGCACUUCGGACACUUCAAGAGCAUGAAAGGCCUGCGGCCGGUGAUCACGCCCUACCAGGGCACGUCCGACGUCUUCCGGGUCACCGCCGGUUUUUAUCGGCGGUGA